AUGGCACCGUAUAACUCUCUCACAUUCACCGCCCGCCGGAGCGAAGCCGUGCUCGUGGCCCCGGCAAAGCCGACGCCUUACGAGCUCAAGCCGCUCUCCGACAUCGACGACCAACGCGGCCUGCGGUUCUACCGCUCCGGCAUCCUCUUCUGCCGCAUCAACCCUGCCCAUUCCGAUCUCGACCCGGCCGCCAUCACAAAGCGGGCCCUCGCCGAGGCCCUCGUCUACUACUACCCCCUCGCGGGCCGGCUCCGUGCCGGCCCAGGCGAUAAGCUAAUCGUCGAGUGCACCGGCGAGGGCGCCGUCUUCGUGGAGGCCAACGCCGACGUCCGGCUCGACGACUUUGGCCCCGCGCUGAGCCCGCCGAUCCCGUGUAGCGACCAACUUCUCUGCGAGCCUGAGAGCGCCUCCAGCGACGUCGUCGAUAGGCCCUUGGUCUACUUUCAGUUGACACGGCUCUCGUGUGGAGGGAUUAUCUUCGGCAUCCAGGUGUGCCACUGCAUGGCUGAUGCGGUGGGGGUGAUGCAGUUCGCGAUGGCGAUAGUCGAGAUGGCGGCCGGGGCCGCUGAGCCCAGCAUACCGCCCGUGUGGGCCCGGGAGAUACUAAACGCCCGGUCCCCGCCGUGCGUCACGCACCCGCACCCGGAGUACGAGGAGGUUCCCGACCCCACCAAGGACCGCAUCUCUCCCGCCGACGUUCUGGCCCACCGGCCGUUCUUCUUCGGCGAGAAGGAGAUGUCGGCAUUGCGUCGCCAGGCGCCCGCUUACCUGCGCGGGACCUGCUCUCGCUUCGACAUGAUCGCCGCCUACGUCUGGCGGUGCCGCACGAUCGCGUUGGGCUACGAUCCAGAAGACGAAGUCCGAAUACAGUUCGUAGUGAACGCGAGGGGGAAGAGGAACCCGAUGCUCCCUUUCGGAUUCUACGGUAACGCUUUCGCGUUCACGGUGGCGUCGUCGACCGCAGGGGAGCUGUGUCGGAAGCCGUUCAGCUACGCGCUUGAGCUGGUGGCGGCCGCGAAGGCGCGGUCGGCGGCGGACGACCACCUGCAGUCGGUGGCCGACCUCAUGGUGCUGAAAGGGCGGCCGCGGUUCGCGAUGGCGCGAACGUACUUAGUUUCCGACCUGACGAAAAUGGGGAUGGAGGAUCUCGACUUCGGGUGGGGGACGGUGGUAUACGGCGGCCCCGCGACCGCGAUGUUGGCGACGUUCCACAUACCAGCGUACAGCGCCGAGGGGGAAAGGGGGAUACUGGUGCCGGUGCGGCUUCCGGAGUUUGCGAUGGAGAGGUUCGUGGCGGAGAUGGAGAGGGGACUAGUGACAAAGGAGGAGGAGGAGGAGGAGAGCCAGGUUAUGAAGGUUUGUUCCCACCUGUGAGGCCCAAUAAUAUGCUAUAAACGGUUGAGUCCACGUACGUGCAUGGCCAUGUUAAAAUUGUAGGUUAAAUUAUUUUGUAUUCGCACGUACGUACUUGCAUGAGCCAUGCAUUUGGGUUUAGUGUACAAAUUCUGAGUCGGACUCGGGACUCGGGGAUCAAACUUGGGCUCAUUUGGGUCUAUUAAUUUGUGGUAUGCAUGUUUGCAACUUUUUUUUACCUAUUUUUGUGGUGUUUGGUUCGUUGAAUCAAAGCAUAUAUCUAGUAACGAGUGGUGUCGGUUUGAAAUUUGAUAUGUAUUUUUUAAAAUUGUACUUUCGAAGAGUGUAUUAAUUAAUCUCCAAGUAUUCGAAUCGU